GUCCUUAAACCCUAAACCCUUUUUCGUCUGGUUAGCUCUAAUCCAGUUCCAAAUUCCUCUGAGAAGUAAAGAAGAGCUCCCAUGGCGAAGAAAUCAAGCUCCGACGGCACAAAGACGAAGAAAAAUAAAAAGAAAAGCAACAAAAGAUCAGGUCCAAAUGCAGUAGCAAUGAAGCAAAAAGCCCCCCAACCGAACCCAUUUGAGACCAUUUGGUCCCGUCGCAAAUUCGAUAUCCUCGGUAAAAAGCGCAAGGGUGAACAACGUCGUAUAGGCCUAGCUCGGUCCCUUGCCAUUGAAAAGAGGAAGAAGACGCUGUUGAAGGAGUAUGAACAGAGUGGAAAGUCAUCUGUUUUUCUGGAUAAGCGAAUUGGGGAGCAAAAUGAAUUGCUUGGGGAGUUUGAUAAGGCUAUUAUGAGGUCUCAACGUGAAAGGCAGCUGAAGUUGAGCAAGAAAAGCAAGUAUAAUUUAUCUGAUGGGGAAGAGGAUGAACUUGAGAUUCAAGGUGGUCUUUUUCCAGAAAAGGAUGAUUUUGAUGAUGAAAUACCAUUUGAUGAGGAUGAGGAUGUGGAUGACGGGUCAACAGGAAAUGCAAAGAAGUCAGAUAUUUUGGGAGAGCUUAAUUUCACUGCAGUGCAGAAUGCUCAGCAAACAGGUUUAGCGGGACAGGAAACCAGGCAGAAAAGCAAAAGAGAAGUGAUGGAGGAGAUAAUUUCCAAGAGUAAAUUCUUUAAGGCCGAGAAGGCUAAGGAUAAGGAGGAAAAUGAGCAGUUGGUUGAUCAACUGGACCAAGAAUUUACAUCGUUGGUGCAGUCUGAGGCACUGUUGUCGUUGACCCAACCAAACAAGAUGAAUGCAUUGAGAGCCCUUGUUAAUAAGAGCAGUUCUAAAAAUGAAGAAAAGAAACAUGACACAUCUCCAGCCCUGGACAAAACUGCUACUCGACUGGAAAAACCUGAUUCCUAUGACAAACUUGUAAGUGAGAUGGCACUGGAUAUGCGUGCUCGCCCAUCAGACCGUACAAAGUCAGCUGAAGAGAUUGCACAAGAGGAGAAAGAACGCUUGGAGCAAUUGGAGGAAGAGCGCCAGAAAAGAAUGGUUGCUGCUGAUGAAUUAAGUGAUGAAGAACCUGAUGGUUCAGAUGAUAAUGAUGCAUCCUCCAAACAAUUCAGAUCUUUAUCUGGUGAUGAUCUUGGUGACUCAUUUUCACAUGAAGACAAAAAAACUAAAUUGGGAUGGAUUCAACAGAUCUUGCAAAGGGAAAAUGCAGAAGAUCUUGGGAGUGAGGAUGCUGCUUCUACAGAGGAAUCUGGGGGCAGUGAAGAUGAUAGUGAAGAAGAGUCUGAUGAGGAUGAUGAUGAACAUGACAAAACUCAUUCAGUGAAAGACUGGGAACAGAGUGAUGAUGACAAAAUUGAUACUUAUCUGCAGGAUGAUGAAGAUAGUGACGGUGAUAGGGUGGAAAGAAAGAAGAAGGAACAAGAAAAGAAGGAAAAGCAAAUGAACUUAUCUGAUACUGAAAGCCAGAAAGCAAUUGCCAAGCAACAAUCGGUUCAGCAAGGGGAACUUCCGUAUACAAUUGAAGCUCCAAAAAACCUGGAAGAAUUUACUUCAUUGUUGGAGAACUGUUCUGAUGAUCAAAUUGUUGAAGCAAUAAGGAGAAUUCGUGCAUUCAAUGCGAUCCAUGUUGCAGCAGAAAACAGAAAGAAAAUGCAAGUGUUUUAUGGUGUUCUAUUGCAAUACUUUGCUGUUUUAGCAAGUAAGAAGCCAUUGAACUUCAAGCUGCUGAAUUUGCUUGUGAAGCCAUUGAUGGAAAUGAGUGCGGAGAUCCCAUACUUUGCUGCCAUAUGUGCUCGUCAACGACUAUUACAUACUCGGGCACAAUUCUCUGACAACAUUAAAACUACAGGGAAAAGCUGUUGGCCUUCUUUGAAAACAAUCUUUCUUUUGAGGCUGUGGUCCAUGGUCUUUCCGUGCUCCGAUUUUCGUCAUGUGGUCAUGACACCAGCAAUCUUGCUGAUGUGUGAAUAUUUGAUGCGGUGUCAGGUUGUGUCUGGUCGGGAUAUUGUAGUUGGUUCCUUCUUAUGCUCUAUGGUGCUCUCUGUCACGAAACAAUCCCGAAAACUUUGUCCUGAGGCUUUAACAUUCAUUAGAACUCUGCUCUUGGCGGCUUUUGACAAGAUUCAAGGAUCAGCUGAUGACCAUCAGUUACACCAUCUUAUGGAAAUCAAAACCCUAAAACCUCUGCUCUGUAUCAAGAGUAGUGUGAAGGAGAUCAACCGUUUAGAUUUUCUUAUGCUGAUCGACUUGCCAGAAGAUUCUCCUCAUUUCAACUCUGAUAAUUUCAGGGCUAGUGUUAUCGCAGCAGUUGCUGAAACUCUUAAAGGAUUUGUCAACCUCUAUGAAGGAUUCAAUUCCUUUCCCGAAAUAUUUUUACAGAUAUCAAAGGUAUUGCAUAAGCUGGCAGGGCAACAUUGCAUGCCAGAAAUGUUGAAAGACAAGCUCAGAGAUGUGGCCCAAUUUAUUGAGAAGAAAGCUGAUGAGCAUCAUGUUUUGCGUCAGCCACUCCAAAUGAGAAAGCAAAAGCCGGUGCCAAUCAAGAUGCUUAAUCCGAAAUUUGAGGAUAACUUUGUAAAGGGGAGAGAUUAUGAUCCAGAUCGUGAACGAGCUGAGAGGAGAAAGUUGAAGAAACUUUUAAAACGUGAAGCUAAAGGUGCUGCUCGUGAACUUCGGAAAGAUAAUUACUUCUUGUUUGAGGUGAAGGAAAAGGACAAGAAGCUACUUGAGGAUGAAAGAGCCGAGAAGUAUGGUAAAGCAAGGGCUUUCCUUCAAGAACAAGAACAUGCAUUUAAAUCUGGUCAAUUGGGGAAAGGCAGGAAGAGGAGGAGAUAGAACUUUAGCUUUCAGCUGUCAGAACUUUUAUUAGCUUCCAAAUACGAUGAACGUUUAGGUGGCAAAACAUUUUUUGGAGUUGGAGAUGUAGAUAGAUUGGACGAGUUUAGUUUUGAAUAGCUUUAACGGUGCAGAGUCUUUUCACCAAGCCUAGCUCAACAAUUCAAACUAGUCUGCUUGCUGGGCUUUAGCGAGAGUGUGUUGAAGAAAUGCCAUGUUGAGGACACAUCGCAAAUAGACUAUGGGAGGUGAGUUUUGUGUUACAGUUACCAUUUGUAGGUCUCUACUUGAAAAGGCACAAUUACAGAGCACGCCGUGCCAUGCCAUGCAUAUGCGUAGUAGCUGGUGCUGUUGUAAAUGUAUUCCUGGAAAAUUCUUGAUUUCACCUUUUUGUCAUCCCUUGGAGCUCAAAAAAAAAAGUUUAAAAUGCAAUAAUAUCGAAAUUUUCCUGACUGUUA